CACGUCUGGCGCAGUCGCCUGCUGCUCCUGCAUCUCAACACCGAGCAAGAGGAUGCGCGCCUUCGGAUUGUUAGCGCUGCUGCUGCUGCUGCUAGUGCCCCUUGCGCUCGCGGCCAAGGCCGCGCUCAGCCCUCACGAGCAACUGAAAGCGCUCGCCGACGCGAGCGACGGCGUCAUCCGCCUCGAUGACAAGACGUACGACCUGCUCACGGCGCCGCAGCGCAACUGGUCCGCGACGGUGCUGUUCACUGCGAUGGACAAGCGCAGACGGUGUGGGCCGUGCAGGGAGUUCGAUCCCGCGUGGAACGCGGUCGCAAAAGCCUGGAGGAGCGUGCCGGAGGAGCAGCGGGACGAACACUUCUUUGCGGUCAUUGACUUUGAUGAGAACCCCGCGACCUUCACCAAGCUGAAGAUGGCUUCCGCGCCAGCCGUGCACGUAUAUCUCCCCACUAGCGGCCCCCGCGGCACAUCCCGCUCUGCCCCCAUCUCCUACGACUUUUCUCAAGGUUUCGAACCUGGCCCGCUUGCCGCCCAGCUCUCGCGCCACACGCCCGUCCCCAUCCCCUACAAGGACCCUUUCAACUGGGGCAAGCUCUUCCAGACGAUCUCCAUCAUUCUCUUCGGCAUCCUCGCGCUCCGCUGGAUCGGGCCCAUCCUCGCCAACCGCUGGGUGUGGGCCGCAGGCACAAUCGCAACGAGCCUGGUGAUGACGGGCGGGUACAUGUUCACGAAGAUCCGGAACGUGCCGUACGUGGGCGCGGACGGUGGCUGGAUUGCGGGCGGAUACCAGAACCAGUUCGGACAGGAGGUGCAGGUCGUGGCCUUCCUGUACGGCUUCCUUGCUUUCUCGUUCGUGAUGCUCAUCAAUGUCGUCCCGCUGCAAAAGUCGGUCAGCCGUCAGACGACGCAGAUUUACAUUUGGACCGCGGUCAUCUUCAUCCUCUACUCGCUGUUGUUCUCGCUCUUCAGGAUCAAGAACAGAGGAUACCCAUUCAAGCUUCUUCUGUAGACCUAGCAGCGAUUGCGGAAUGUAUACGGCUGGGCAUCAUGUUGGCAACCGAACGUGCACGAUGUCGCAGCUCUCGUCGUCAAAAAGAGUAUCAUCGUUUGAUUGAGAAACACAGCGACGUCCUAUGUCGUGGUAUCUCGCACUGCGGGCUACAAUCUGGAGUGUCGGACGCUCGGUGCAAAGUCGCCGUGUCAUGGAAAUGCUAGUAGAGUAGUCACUUAGGGUGACAGUCACAGUUCGCUUACGCUGUACACGUGAGAUUUCGGCAUUUGCCGCCCAAAGUCGGCCCGCG